GCUAAAAAUUUUCACUUCAUCAAAUCGCGUACUGCUAGUGUGUUGUGUUCGUUUGGAUUCCGGUGAAAAAGAGUGAAUUUUUAGGCCCGUUACGGCUUGACGUGCCAUUCAAAAUACUCUAUUCGUGAACCGUAAGCGGUGUGCAAUACUUUCGGCAUAAAAUGCGCCAUGAAACAGGCGGAACAGCGGAGAAAUCAUAGUACUUUUCUCUAACUGGCAUCUCUAUCUUAUUUGCUUUGCUCCGUUAGGAGCUAACAUCACUGCGGAUCCGCAAUUUGCGGGCCCCAUUGACAGAUGCUAUGUUAUGCGUAUGAAAAGUGGCGGUGAUAUGCUAUCUCGUUUACACACACGCUGAGAUGUUAGUCCUCGAAACAUGGCGGGAUGCCAGCUAGCUGACUCGUUUAUAACCAGGGGCCUAUAAACGUCAACAUUCUGCCUACCAAUCAUAAAUUCAUCACGGCGAUCUGCCAACCCUGACCGUCGACCGGUUCACGGGCUGCUCGAAAACAGAAGCGCCGUGUGCGUGGGAACAAGCCGUAAGUAAAUACGGCCCCGGUUACAUAUCUACAGCGUGCGAGGCGCCACCAGUAGGAAUUUGACCUGAGUUUGUGAUUGUGUGUUUGUUCAAGUUUCUGCUUUUGAAUCAUCGACCGAAAAAGAUUUCUUGUUUUGAAAGCGAAACGCGUUAAGUAGCGAGCGAGGUACAGACAGCAACAUGACUGGCCGGAUGGACAACCUGGAGCUGCUGUCCGAUGAGGAACUUCGGCUGCGCUUGAUGCAGUAUGGCUUCCAAAAACUUCCCGUCACCAGUCAUACCCGUAAGCUGUUGAUCAAGAAGCUACGCAAUCUUAUGGAAAAUGAAAAGGGGAAACUGCGGCGGGAAACAAGUUACGCGACGCGCUACUCUUCCGGUGAAGAGUCCGACGGAGAAAGGCGAUCCGGGACACGGAGAGCCACUACUUCUAGUGUUUCGAGUUCUAAAACGGCAAUGCCACCGCCGACAAGUCGCCCGGUCAGUAAACGCGUCGGUAGUCACUCGCCCAUAUCGAACAGCAGUAAUUUACUGUUCAACAACAACAACAAUAACACUCAUAACAAAUCUAUUUCACCCGGUCCGGCCAAGAGUGCCGUGUACAUUUCACCGGUCAUCAUUAACGACAGUGAGGAGGAGAACUACUCCAGUGGUUUCAGAACAUCGGGACAUAUGUAUGCCAACUCACCUUCUAGUGCCAGCGCUCUGUUCCGUCGCACUAACACCAGUACCUUCUCAACUCCGCCGAGACUACCGGCAAACUCAGCUAUGACCAGCACAAUACCUGCAGCGGUAACCGGCAGUUACCGAACUACUGCCAAUAGCAGUCCUUCGGCAUCCUUAAAUGUGACAUCAUCCAGACUAGCGAAUGAUUCGCUAAACUCGAAUGGCAGUACUUCGGAUUCUCCCUUCAUCAGCGAGUACACUAAGCGGCUUCUGCAGCUGCGCGGAGAAACUGUUUCGCACGAAAACUUCAACCACGCCAUUGGAAGCGCCAUAAGCAGCGGAAGCAAUCUCAGCUUAAAUCAUAAAGGAGCGCCUAUCAGUGGGAACCAUUUUCGCAGUCGGUACAGCUAUGGGAACCGGUACGGGGGGAAUCACAGCGAUGCUGGCGGUGGGAACGGAUUCAGCGAGAAUGACAUUGUGACGCAUGCUCAGCCUAGUCCAGAACCACCGCAGAUUCCCCUGCGGGUGGCUUUGGGCAAUCUUAUCACUAAGCUGGAUGAGCAUUACGGUUUCAAGCAGACGUUUAUUCCCUGUGCGCUACUGUGCCUGUUUAUCGCAUUUUUGGUGUUUGUAGCGUUUAUGUAUAUGACCAUUAGUACAGAUAUUGAGAGCGCGCUUACUUCAAUUGAUACCAGGUACGACCUCUGUGAAAGCAUUUCUACUGAUACCAAUCGAUGCGUGACACAAUCAGAAAUAGAACCUGCACUGGAAAUGCUUAAACUGAUCGGAACUGAACUCAAGCGUCAGGUGGAACAUAGCAAAUGUGUGGAUUCCAGUGCUUCGUAUGUGAUGAGUGCCGAUGAGGUUCUGAAAUUUGCCAAAAAGCACAAUCCAUCAACGCUGAUACCGCAGCUCAGCCGGCAUUUGCACGCUAUGGAAUAUUUGAUAGAUCGCAAUCCACAGUGGAGAAUAAACCACUGCGACCAGAAUGGCAAUGAGAUCAGUUUCGAGGAAGUGCUGCAAAAAAGACCAACCAUGAGCAACUAUUUCGCCAUUCUAAAGCCUAAACUUCCCUUCAGUUGUAUGCUUUAUAAUAAGUUUCACACGUUCUUCGUGAUUGUCGGAGUUCUCGGACUGAUCGGAAUCACCACAUAUCUGGUUCAUUAUUUCCUGAAAUUCGUACUGUAUGUAAAGCAGAAACGUAAAGAUCAGGUGAACAUGUUGAUAAACGAUAUCAUUCAAGCGGUCAGUCAAGCUGCUGUUUCUGGCGGCGGAAGCGAGUCUUCGGAAGAUGGUGGCGCAGUUGUAGUCAAUCACCUGCGGGAUAGGUUGAUUUCACACGAUAAUCGUAAGAAACUGGAAUGGGCUUGGGUAGAAGCGCUGCAAUUCCUGGAGCAGAACGAAAGCCGAAUUCAGUUUGAGGUCGGCAGUCGUGGAGGAGAAGAUUUCAAGAUCAUGCGCUGGAUCGACGCGGCACCUCUUGUGACGGCUGUUGCUAACAGGUCAUCACCGGGUGGAGCAAAGAAAUGGCAAAGUCCCGCUUUCGAUAACACCAACAAAAUUCCGGAUCCACCAACACCAUGCUUGAAAAUUCGCCAAAUGUUCGACAAAUACGAAGUGAACGAUCCCAAUUUGAAAACAAUUGUUCAGGAUGCCAUUUUGGAGAAGGUGGGCGCUCGGUGCAAAAUCUACGAUAUUCAACUUGAUCGAAAUACGUGCUGCGUUUACGUGCGUUGUGCCACGGCCAAAGAUGCGGGUAUCGUACAUGACGAAAUCAAUGGCUGGUGGUUCGACAAUCGGUUAGUGUCUAUCAAAUUCCUGCGGCUGGAGCGUCUGCUGGCUCGCUUCCCUCGCACGUCAGCCGGUCCGGUCUGCUUGAAACCGUCGAAUCGAAACAAUAGCUCAAUGUCACAACAGCCCCCGGUGGGUGACCGGCCUCCAAAUCAAACGGAUAGGGACGAUGACGAUGAAGACGAAGAGGAUGAACUGGAGAUGGAGCAGGAGCCAGAGUGCUAAUAAUCUUAUUUUUAAUUAUGAGUUUUCUAAUUUUAGUUUCAUCAGUUUUGAUCUAACGUAAUUGCUUUUACAUUGUUUCACAAAUAUUACAAACCAUUGGAUGCAAACAAUACAACCUUUUAUUCAUCGUUCACAUUGAAGUUUCUUCUACGAGUAACAGACUAACAAAAGCUAUGGUGUGAAAAAAUAAACAAAAUUACAAAAAAUAUCGUUAACGUUACAAAUCAGAGAUAAUAAAGAUAAACUUUGUUGGUUUAACGUACUGUUGAGAGGUCGUAUAAGGUAAUAUUGCAACAAAUCGAAUUAUCAUUUUAGUACGCAGCUAGUGUAGCAUGGCAUAAGAUACGAACGAGAAAACCAGGUUCUAGUUCGAACACACACACACACACACACACACAUACACACAAAAUAAGAUGCUACAGUCUUCAAGCGAGUCUCAAUAGAGAACUGCGUUAUCAUUAAUUUUAGCAAGCUGGUUACAAGAGAAAAAAAUGUAUCUGACUAAACAUCUGAAACUUAUUAGUUUAAGCGAACAUUGUAAAAUAUGGAUCGAUGAGAAAAUAAAUGGUACAUUCUUAUUAA